AUGCAACCUCCUCCCAGGAAGGGAAAUUAUGUUAAGUUUUUAAAAAAUCUUCAUUCGGAACAAAUAGCAAAAUUACUUUUAAAAAACCAAAACGAAUGUGAUUUGUUGGAGGACAUAAGGAGUUUUUUGAUCAAAAAAUCUUCCAUAGAGAAAUCAUAUUCUGAUGCAUUACUUAAAAUAUCUGUUGCUUUUUUGAACAAGAAAAUUGCUAAUAUACCGGACAUAAAGACUGAAGGCAGUGAAGAAAAAUGGAAUAUGUGGAAUGUGUGGCGAACAGUUCUUGAAGAAAACGAAACGGCUGCAAAGGCACGAUUAGAAGCAAUCGAAGUUUUACAAAACCAAAUAAAUGACGAGGCGAAAGCUCUUCGAGCGCAUAAACUUCAGAUUGCAAAAAAAUGUACAGAUCAUUUAGCAUUGGUACAAAAAGAGCUUCAUUCUUCCGUCCAAGAUGUAGAUAAAACGAAAAAGUUUUAUUUCGACGAAGAACAAAGUGCUCAUGAAGUGAGAGACAAGGCUAAGGAUAUAGAAGAAAAGUUAAAGAAAAAAAAAGGAUCGUUUCUUCAGUCAAUCACCUCUUUACAAAAGAAUAGUGUGAAAGUGUCUUCCAGAAGAGAAGUUUUGGAAGAGAAAUCUUCGGGAGCUAGAAACGAUUAUUUACUGAGUCUGGCAGCUGCAAAUGCUCAUCAGACACGAUACUUUUUGGUUGACCUUCAAAUGUAA